AUGGAGCUUGGUGACAUGCUGAAGAAUGUUAUGGAUCAGUAUGCUCAGAAACAAAAUUUAACGACUCCUUGUCCCACAAAUAUUGGCAAUUCUUGCAGUGAUCAACCACCUCCACUUACCACGAUACAUCACACGCUCUUCGGAAGAACUUUUGACAUCCCUCUCGAUCAGAAUUCUGCCGAUUUGUACUGGACUGUCUUCUUUACAGCUCUUGUACUGAUUGCUAUCAUUCUCGUGCUCUGGAAGGGAUUCACCCAACGCAGCCGCAAGCAUGAUACGGAUGCUACGUCAGGUCAGAAAUCCGACAAGUUGGCAGAACUUCCAAGCGAGAAAGAGGCCCUGAAUUGGAUUCGUAUCGCUCGCUUUGCUAUCGCUUUGGGAAUCAAAGACGACAUAUCGCAUGACAGCAUCAACAUCAGAGCAAAGAUCACGGACAUUCCAGAGAACUUGCGCCAAUUCCAAAGAAUUCUCCGGUCUGAUUCCAUGCGCGCCGAAUGCAAGGAAGCAGAUGAUGUGGAAUCCAACAAAAUGACACUCGCGCAAGUCUUUGAUGGUCACCUUCGGUUUUGCACCGAAGCAGUGAAAAGUGCCCUGGAGGCGCUAAAUCAACUCAGCAGACGCGUGGACCACAAAAUCAACAUACACGAACAACCGCUAGACGGCUACGGCCACGGCCAAGGAGAUCAGAAUCCAACUGAGGAGUUUAGUCUGUAUCAGCACGAGUUUCUCACCAAGGACACCCUGGAGGCAACAACAUCGGCCAUGGAAAAGCGCAUUCUCGGAACAGUGGACGAUCAUAUUUCAGCCCUUGACGAAGAAGCGAAGAAGCGGAUUGGUAAUAUCGAGUCUGCACUUGCAAAGGUUCAACAGUCCCUUUCUGUUGGUGUUGUCGAUCAGGAACAGCUGAACGAGAUUAUCGGCGGUCUCAAAGCAGACAUUGAGAAUCUCCGAACGUCAUUGCAAUCACUUUCUCGCGAGGGCAAUGACUUGCAAAUUGGUGUCGAUACCAUCGUUCAGGAGCAACUGCAGAGCCUAGAGAAGCGUGUGCUAUCCCUCGAGCGUGCGGCUUCAGUGACUCCCCUGGACAAGAAGCAGAUUGAACAAGAACUUGACGAACUCGACCAAGACGUGUCCAAUCUGAAGAAUUCGCAUGCAGAAAUCCAGUCGAAACUCGACUCAACCGUCACCGAAACACAAGUGAAAGAAGCUUUGAAAGAAAUAGCCGCACACCUGGAGCAACAAACUGAAGGAAUGAAAAUCCAACUCCAUGGGCUGAUGCAAGCUUUGGAUGAAGUCAAGAACGCUGCGAGCGAGUCGAAGAACAAUGACCCUGGACUUGCCAAACAAUUGGAAGAUAUCGAAAGGGCAAUCGAGGAUUCAACAAAGGAGGUACAAUGCUUCAGAAAAGAACUUGACUCUCACACUCUGGAACACAAGAGUCUGCGGGAGGCCGCCAAUCGUGCCCUCGAGUGGAAUAAGGAGCUUGAAGACGGAAUUAAGCAGAAGAUCAGCAGAGUAACCAGGAAUAUCAUGGAAACGAAUGCCCGGAUGCAUAUAUCAACCGAAACCAUGCAUAAGCUCGACGAAUACAAGUGGCACCAAAGGAACAUGAACAUGAGUAUUUGGGGACAUCUAGAGAAAUGCAUGGCCGCUCUGGGCAUCAAAUUCGACUUGAGCGCCGCUGAUCUAGUGACUAUACGCGAUAGGGACGAGGGUCCUAACGAAAAUCCUGAGUCGAACGAUGAGGAUCUUGCUGCAGAGCAUGGCGCACAUAAGACCGGGACCGACGUUGUCGAUGAAGGGCCUUCACAGAACGCAGCUCAAGCCGCAGGAUUCGAGGCCCAGUCGCCAAAGGAGAAAGCCCAAUCUAGAAAGGAUGAAGCCGGAACCCCAAAGGGCGAAGCUCAAAUAAAUGAACAAGUACAGACAUCCGACGAUCAACGCCGCGCGAGUGCCCAGUCUGAGCCGGUCAGCCCCAGGACUUCAAAACCAGCUUCCAAAGCAAUUAGUGGUCCAAAGCUAUCGUCCGUAGCAGGCUGGGAUGAUGAAGCUGCAAAGGAGGACAAAGCAGACACAGCGCAAUCGCGAGCAGAACAUAAUCAAGAGGUUGAGAAGGGCCGCGAAUCUGCUGCAUUGGGAACUCAGCUCGAAGAGACUUUAGCGCAACCGAAGGCAUCAGAAGAAACCCAGUCUUCUCAGACACCGGGGUCUGCGAAGGGCAAAUUAUACGGGAAGCACAUCCUAGAAGCCCUCCGUCUGAAGCCGGAGACAUCUACCUCCGCAAGGCACGAGAAGGGCCAAGGACCUGGCCCGGCUUCGGCUCAGUCGCCUUCAGAGCCCAAACCUGAGCCUACCUCUGCUGAACUGAGCAAGAGUAGGUGGGCUCCCUCAACUCCGACCCAAGCUCAGCCCAAACCAUCCACUCGUGCAGGAGUUGAAGGGGACCGGCUGGCUACGCCAACUGUAACUCAGCCGCCUUCGAAGCCAAACACUGAGUCUGCCUCCGCCGGAAUGAGCAAGAGUAUGUGGGCUCCCUCAACUCCGACCCAAGCGCAACCGAAGACAUCAGAAGGAACCCAGUCUCAUCAGACACAGGGGUCUGCGAAGGGCAAAUCAUCUGGGAAGCACACCCCAACAACACCCCGUUCGAAGCCAGAGGCAUCUACCGCCUCUGCAAAGCGCGAGAAGAGCAAAGAAGCUGGCGCGGCUUCAGCUCAAUCGCCUUCAAAGCCCAACACUGAGUCUAUCUCUGCUGAAAUUGGCAAGAGCAUGUGGGCUACCUCAACUCCAACCCAGGCUCAGACUAAAGCACCUACUCGUGCAGGAACUGAAGCGGAUCAGUCGGCUAGCCCGGCUUCAGCCCAAGUUCCAAAGCUGGCUGCACCGGCUUCGGCCGAAAUGGGCAAAAGCAAGUGGGCAGAUCCUGCCGUGGCUAAGACUCAGCCUAACACACCUACCAGCACAGGAAUUGAAGGGAGCCAGCUGGCUGGUCCUGCUUCAGCCAAAGCUCCAUCAAAGCUAGAAGCAACUACUUCUGAAAUGAGCAAAAGCAGGUGGGCUAGUCCGGCUUCAGGCCAAGCUCCUUCAAAGCUGGAUGAACCCACUUCUGCUGGACUGAGCAAAAGCAGGUGGGCCGACGAGUCUCCAACCGCGCACAGAUCAAAGAGCGUUUCCUUGCCCUCCGAAAAGAACCCGAAAGGGGACGUUGGCGAAACUUUUUGA